AACAUGGGGAGUCGACUACCGUCUGCUGCAACUCUUGUCCGGUUUUGUCAGAAGCUGAACAGAGUGAAGACUUUGGAGGAUGACUUAAUGGAAACUUCCUUGAAAAGAUGCCUUUCUACAAUUGACCUUACUCUUUUAGGUGUGGGUGGAAUGGUUGGUUCAGGUUUAUAUGUACUGACUGGCACAGUUGCCAAAGAGAUAGCAGGUCCAGCUGUCAUUAUAUCCUUCCUUAUUGCUGGGGUUGCUUCACUGCUAGCUGCUCUUUGCUACGCUGAAUUUGGUGCACGUGUGCCGAAAACAGGGUCAGCUUAUAUGUUUACGUAUGUUUCGGUUGGUGAAAUCUGGGCCUUUUUAAUUGGCUGGAAUGUCAUCCUGGAAUAUAUGAUUGGUGGAGCUGCAGUGGCAAGAGCCUGGAGUGGGUACCUGGACUCAAUGUUUGACCACAAAAUUAAGAACUAUACAGAAACACAUGUUGGCAGUUGGAAUGUCCAGUUUCUAGCACACUAUCCUGACUUCUUAGCUGCUGGGAUUUUGCUGGUUGCCACAGCAUUUAUUUCUUUUGGUGUCAGAGUAUCCUCGUGGCUUAACCACAUUUUUGCUGGCAUAAGUAUGGGGAUUAUCUUAUUUAUUCUGAUCUUUGGAUUCAUUCUCGCAGAACCCAAGAACUGGGGUCCUGAAAAUGGGGGAUUUGCCCCUUUUGGCUUCUCUGGCAUUAUGUCUGGCACUGCUACCUGCUUUUAUGCCUUUGUUGGUUUUGAUGUGAUAGCGGCCUCCAGUGAAGAAGCCAAGAAUCCUCAAAAAGCAGUUCCUAUUGCAACAGCCGUCUCAUUAGGUCUCGCUACAGCCGCCUACUUCUUGGUGUCCACAGUAUUAACAUUGAUGGUACCUUGGAAUACACUUGUACCGGACUCUGCUCUUUCUGAUGCAUUUUAUAGACGGGGCUAUUCAUGGGCCGGGUUCAUUGUGGCUGCUGGUUCCAUUUGUGGUAGGUUUAAUAACAUUUUCUGUUUAACAUAAUGUAUUACUUUUUGCAUGUGCUUCCUAAUAAAGAAAUGCAGUAAAUGCCU